ACUUCUUUCUUGGAUAUCAAAUGCAUAUUAAAGUAAUCUCGGGUUUAGUAAAACCAGCUUUUUAUCUUGAUAAUUUCUUAAUAAGGUUUAGGUUCAACAGUUUUCCAUCGAGUUCAAUACUCUCACAGAUCUUCUUUAUAAAAGACCAGAAUAUAUUAUCGCUCAGUUUACUUUAGGCAACUUAUGAAGAAGCUUUAAACCAGUAGUUGACCUAAAUCUGGUGAUAAAUAUGAUUACGAGGAAGAUCUAUCUUCUCCUUUUCUUCAUCGCUGCAGCAUUAGAAGCUUAUCCCCUCCAGCAGACAUUUAGGAGAUAUUCACUGCCAUCCUUUGUCAAGCUUCCUAAUCGUUUAGGAAGAUAUCUUGAUCAUCCUCCUUCCUUAGGACUCCAGGAUGCUGCCACAGUUUCUCCUCAACCUUUAUAUAAAGAAAGCUUGGAGAAACAUAAACAAAAAGAUCAUAAAAACCUGAAAAUGUCAUCAUUGAGUGAAGAACCAGAAAUCACUUUGGAGGAGUUAGAAAAACUGUUAGAGAAUGACGAUGAGAAACUUGAAAUGUCUCCAUUGAAUGAAGAAUCAGAGUUUACUUUGGAAGGAUUAGAAAAUCUUUCCACCAAUGACAAUGUGAACAAUACAAUUUCCCCUUUGAUUAAAGAACCAGAAAUCACAUUGGAAGAGUUAGAAAAGCUUGUUGAAAAUGACGAUUUGAACCAUGGCAUGUACUCCUUGAGUGAAGGACCAGAAAUCGUUUUUGAGGAGUUUGAAAAACACAUGGAGAAGGAAAGUGAGAAAUCUGAAAUAUCUACUUUGAUUGAAGACUCAGAAAUCCCUUUGGAGUGGAGUAAUAUGGAUGAGAACUUAAUUACUACUGAUUUAAUUGAGGAAUUAGAAGUUCCUACGGAAGACUUGGAAGAAUAUAUGGAGAAAAAUUUGAAAACUUCCACUUUGAAUGAGUCAGAAAUCACAUUAAACGAAUUUGAGAAGCAAAUGGUGACCGAACAGGAGGACAAUAAAAUAUCCACUUUGGCUGAAGACUCAGAAUUCACUUUUGAGAAAGGUAUUGAGGAUGAGAACCUUAUAACUGCUGAUUUAAUUGAGGAAUUAGAAGUUUCAUUGGAAGACUCGGAAGAAUACAUGGAGAAAGAUCAGGAGAACCUGAAAACUUCCACUUUGAAAUAUUUAGAAAUCUUAUUGGACAAAUUAGAGGAGCAAAUAGUGACCGAUCAAGAGAACCUUAAAAUAUCCACAUUGCCUGAAGACUCAGAAAUCACUUUUGAGAUAGGUAUUGAGGAUGAGAACCUUAUAACUGCUGGUUUAAAGGAGGAAUUUGAAGUUCCAUUGGAGGACUCGGAAGAAUAUAUGAAGAAAGAUCAGGAGAACCUGAAAACUUCCACUUUGAAUGAGUCAGAAAUCACAUUGGACGAAUUUGAGAAGCAAACGGUGAUAGAUCAAGAGAACCUUAAAAUAUCCACCUUGGCUGAAGACUCAGAAAUCACUUUUGAGAUAGGUAUUGAGGAUGAGAACCUUAUAACUGCUGAUUUAAUUGAGGAAUUAGAAGUUCCUAUGGAAGACUCGGAAGAAUAUAUGGAGAAAGAUCAGGAGAACCUGAAAACUUUUACUUUGAAUGAUUUAGAAAUCACAAUGGACGAAUUUGAGAAGCAAAUGGUGACUGAUCAGGUUAACCUUAAAAUAUCCACUUUGGCUAAAGACUCAGAAAUCACUUUUGAGAAAGGUAUUGAGUAUGAGAAUCUUACAGCUGCUGAUUUGAUUGAGGAAUUACGAUUACAAAUAACUUUAGAGAACUUGAAAGAACAAAAGGAAACAAACCAGAAAACCUUGAAUACUUCCACUUUAAAUAAGGAAUCAGAGAUCACAUUGGAAGAGUUCAAGGAGCAUCUGGACAAAGACCAAGAUAACCUUCAAACGUCCUCAAGAUAUGAAGAAUCAAUGACAAGUUUAGAGAAACAUCUUAAAAAAGAUCAUAAGCUUGAGGAGUCAGAGACACAAGUAAAGAAAGAUGAUGAUGAUGAUGACACUUUGAGUGGAGAAUCAAAGAUCAUAACAAAGGUGUCUGAAAUGAACAUAUAUAAUGUUGAUGAGAUGACUUCUGUUUUAAUUGAUGAACUAGAAGUUCCCUGGGAGAUAUCAGAGAACCCCUUAGAUACAGAGGAUGAAAAUACUAAAACUCAAUAUUUGAUUAAAGAUUCUGAGAUCAUGUUGGAGGAAUUAAAAAAGAAUUUCGAAACUUUGCCUGUAAUGGAAGAUUUAGAGAUCAAAUUGAAUGAAAAACCGAAAGAACAUUUGAAUACACAAAUUUCAGCUCAGAUUAAAGAAUUAGAAAAUACACUGAACGCAUUGGAAAAACAUUUUGAGAAUUAUUAUGAAAACUUCACCCCUCCCACUCUCAGGAGGGAAUUAAAGAUUACAGUGGAAAAAUCUACAGAAAGCUCUGAUCAAAUCUCAAACAUGAAAACAAGUACAGAUGAAAAUAUGCUCUUUAGCGUUUUACUCAGUGUGUUUGAUACCUAACAAUUAAUUUUUAAAAAGUGUAUAAAACAUAUAUAUUUUUGUGUAUAAAAUUGUUCAAUGUAGA